ACGUUUUUUACUUUUUAUCUCUACUUUCAUACGUUACCCCUUUUCUAAAUCCCCCAUCAGAAUUCCUCUCCCAUAAUGCUGCCGCACGCCUAUCACCGAUACUUUCUGUGGAUAGCCAUCGCCGCCACCUUCUGUCUCCUCGCCUCCCAGUUGACUUCGGUGCACCGCCGACAGCCAAAGCAAAACCCAGCAUCAGCAGCAGAAACAGCGGAAAGCCUUGUCGAAACAACCGCCCUCCGCCCACCACCAGCCUCCGAAAUCCCCAUCCCGCGCCAAAUAUGGCAGAUCUUCUUCGCCCCGCCAGGCAUCAAGACGCUUGACAAAGGCGGCACCUACGCCUCUGACUGGAUAUCGAUGGCCCCGGGCUACGGAUACACUCUGAUGGGCGACGAGGACGCCACCGCGUUCGUCGACAGCAGCUUCGCAUCCUCCCGCCCGGACAUCACCGCCACGUUCCACUCCCUCAGAAACCCGGCCCAAAAAUCUGACCUCUUGCGCUACCUCCUACUAUGGCACCGCGGCGGCAUCUACAGCGACAUGGACACGCGGCCGCUCGUUCCGGUGGAGGAGUGGCUGCCGCCCGCCAAACGGCGCGAGGUCGGCUUGGUGGUCGCGCUGGAGUGGGACGUGGCGCGGGACGGGUACUGGGACGAGAACACGCGCGACGUGCAGUUCUGCCAGUGGACCAUCGCGGCCGCGCCGGGGCAUCCCGUGCUGGGGGGGAUGGUCAACCACACGAUCGCGGCGCUGCACGACGUCGCGCGGCAGCAGGGCAAGGCGCUGGACGAGGCCGACUUCUCGGAUCUGCAGGUCUUGAACUCGACGGGUCCUAUGGCGUGGUCGGAUGUCGUGUUCGACGAGAUCAGGCGGCGGGAUCCGCUAGUGGAGGAGUUGAAUGAUUUGAUGGACCUCCGGUCGCCGAAAUAUGCCGGGGAUCUUGUUGUGCUGCCGGUGGAGAGCUUCCGGGCCGAAUCCUCGGAUGAAUGGGGCCUUAAUGGCUGGCGCAAGAAUCGCAGGGCGCUUGUGCGACAUUAUUACAAGGGUGCGUGGAAGGCGCAGGGUUAGAGGGGGUCGUCGAAGGCGCCGCCACGACAUUUAUCGAUAGAUUAUGAUCCAAGACUUGUAUUUACGUUAGCCUAUUAGUAUUAGUUUGAGUAGAGCACAGUAGCGGGGUUAGGGAGUUCGGGUAUAAUAACUUCGAAGACAUAAAGUCUUCAAGGCACGGGCGAGUAGAUGUAAUUAGUGAGUGGCAGAAAAGACAUACUCCGAACAAAAGACGAGCUAUUUACA